GACUUUCCUAUGCAGUGCAUUGGUGUAUCAGCCUUGGGCGUGGAGAGUUUGAACAUUUCCUCUCCCACAUGUUUUCGUGUGGGUGUUUUGUUUCCCGCCUCUCCACGCCUUACAGUUAAAGAGCACGGCACUGCCAUCUAUAUCAUUCAUAGAGACACUGAGGGAGGGGGAGAGACAGACAGAGGGACAGAUGGUCAUGGUCAUUUAGACACUCUCACACAUAACCGGUUUCAGUGUCAGCCAGGCAAUGCAAAACCCUGAACAGUGGACUAAGCAGUAGAAGUCACUUAUUUCUGUGGGGAAAUGGAACCAACUGCUUAUGGAUAACACUUGGAGGGAGAUGAGGGGUGUCUUUGUGUGUUCGGCCUGUGAGCAGUGAUGGGGGACUGGAGUCUCCUGGGGAAUUUCCUAGAGGAGGUCCAGGAACACUCCACCUCGGUCGGGAAGGUGUGGCUCACCAUCCUUUUCAUCUUUCGCAUCCUGGUGCUGGGCACGGCGGCCGAGUCCUCCUGGGGCGAUGAGCAGAGCGAUUUCCUGUGUGACACUCAGCAACCCGGUUGCACCAAUGUGUGUUAUGACAGCGCCUUCCCCAUUGCCCACAUCCGUUACUGGGUGCUGCAGAUUGUUUUUGUCUCCACGCCGUCCCUCAUUUACAUGGGCCACGCCAUGCAUAUAGUGCGCAGGGAGGAGAAGCGGCGGAGGAUGGAGCAGGAGGAGAGAGGUGAGGGUGGAGGAGACCUGGAGGGGGAGAAGGAGUACCUCCAGCAGAAGGAGAGUGGGAAGGAGUUGUUAUCUGGAUCUCAAGGAACUGGCCGUGUUCACCUGAAAGGGGCACUACUGCAGACUUACAUCCUGAGCAUCUUGAUCCGUACAGUGAUGGAGGUGACGUUCAUCGUAGUGCAGUACCUGAUCUAUGGGGUGUUCCUCAAAGCGCUGUACCUGUGCACGGCAUGGCCCUGCCCAAACCCGGUCAACUGCUACAUGUCUCGACCCACGGAGAAGAAUGUCUUCAUCAUCUUCAUGCUGGUGGUGGCUGGUGUGUCUCUACUGCUCUCUGUGUUGGAGCUCUACCACCUCGCCUGGAAGAGUGUCAGAAAGUGUGUACGCAGCAGAGGGAUGCAGAGGAGCAACCACAAAGCUGAGACGGCGGCCAUGUCUGCUGCGUUGGAACCCAACAGCCAACCGCGGCCCUCAGCCACCUGCACCCCACCUCCUGACUUCAGCCAGUGCCUGGCAGCCCCGAGCCCCAUGAACCCUAUGACCUCCAUGGCCUCUCAUCCCUUCAACACCAGGAUGGCGCUGCAGCAGAACUCAGUCAACUUGGCCACCGAGCGGCAUCACAGCAGCGACAACCUGGAGAACGAGGAAGACUUCCUGAGGAUGACGUACGACCAGGCACCCACAGAGCUGUCCAACAGCUGCUCCCCAUCGCCUCUGCUGAACUCUGGCUACAUGAAGGACAAACGCCGCCUGAGCAAGACCAGUGGGACCAGCAGCCGGGCUCGCCAAGAUGAUCUGGCAGUAUAGGAUCACAGCUGGAAAGAGUGGCUGACAAGGGGGAGAGGAGGGAGGGCUGGACCUUCAGAACCAAAGAGAAUAGACAGAAAGAUCAGUUUAGCAAGACACGAAUACAAGACUAAGUGUUAUUUCUGAAUGAAGCUUUCAGAACAUAAGCACAGGCUAACUUUGCAAACUCCGGCAUUUAGGCCUGACACUUCACUAUAGAGGAUGGACUAAAUGUCCACAUUAGAAAGAUGCACCGCUACAUCUGUGAGUGGACCAUGUAAACUUGACGUGUGGAAGCUCUGUGAGCAGAUAGUCCGUUGCAGAGCUUGAAAAACUGACAACCAAACUGCAAAAGGAGAAUAAUUUUGAAAUGAGAACAGGGUAACAGGUGUGAUACCUGACUAUUGCACAUUUUAUGUUUUACUUAAACAGUUAAAGCCAUAAACUAACUGAUGGAAAGUGACAAGGACCAGGUGAUGCAUGGUGCUUGGUGUGAGCUGACUAUUCCCUAAGUCAUUCAUUAUAAAGCAAUAUAUUCCACACAUCUCAACCAUUCAAUUAGUUAUGGAUUAGCCAAUGACUUCAAAUAGCACAAUCUAGAGUUUUUUUUUUCCUCUCACUGCAGAAAUUAAGAGAUGCAAUAAGAGAAAACGGGAACUUGAUAUACAAUAAACUGUGAAGCUUGCUGCACAUUUGCAGUGAAUCAAGGUAAAGUGCCUCAUCAAGUGUAAAAAAAAAAAAAAUCUAUUUCCACAUAACACAUUUAUAUUCAUAUUUUUUUUCCCCCCCAAAGCCAUGGAAAAGCUGUAACUUUGAAUUAAGCCACUUGUUGACUUGCUAACCCUAAUUGCACUAUAGAGUACCUGCAGGUCAACAAACAUAAAAUAUAACCCAAGAAUAAUAACUUAAUAAUCUUAAAAAGUUUGAGUGAAACUUUAUUCAUUAUUCAUGUAUUUGACAGGAGCGUUGUGUGCAGAAGUGUUGAGAGAAUGUAGCUUGUUUGAGGAUUUUCCCUCGAGAUGGACUCAAGGGUAAAGAAAAAGGAGAGGUCCUACUUGGAUGGUGGUUAUGAGGAGAUCCAGCCACUCGGUGGCAACAUUGCACUUCUGUUUUUUAGUUUCUCCCCUGGAGCCAUUGUGUAAAUACUGAAUUUUUCCCUGUGCAAUGUAUGUUUUAGUUGAUGUCUUUUGAAUGUAUUGGUUAUCAUUUCUGUUGUCUGUUCUAGCUGUAUGCAGAAGAUUUAAAAAAAAGUUUAUGAGUGAACAUCCUUGCAAAUGGAGGUUUUCGAGUUUUAUCCUACAUAUACAGCAAACAUUCUUUUAAGAAAACGAAUCUUGUUCAGCCUACUGUACAUUCACUACAGUUGUUGGUUCUUUCACACAGACCGUUAUGCAAUAAAUUUCGUCACUAAUGCAUCACAAAUUAAUAA